AAAUACUUGCAGCCAGUUCCCCCACCAAGAGGCCACAGCCCAAGCCGCCAUUCUCACCCUCGCGAAAGCUCGCCGCUGCUGCGUCCCGACGCCCCGUGGCGGCACGACACUUGAGGCUCGAGGGGGGAGGCUUCGUCGAGCCUUCGGGAGCGGCUGGGGAGCCAGGGAGGGGAGUUGGAGCCGGCUCUUGGUGCGGUUUCUACUGCGGGUGCGCGGCGAUAAGGCGCGUUGUGUUCUUGCUCGCGUUGCUGGGGCUGUCUCUGUCGCGUCGCGUCGCGUCGGCUGGAUUGGAUUGGGGCCGGCCUCCCGGUGGCGGCGGCGGUUCAGGACAUGAUAGCAGUCAAUGGAGAUCGAUAAAAUGCUCGUGUUGAUAUCAUAAGUGCGAGCUGAAUUGUUGAGCUGAUAGCACUGAGGCGGAUAUAAUAGUUUGAGAAUCUCAGUAAUGAGUUGCUUUUCUAUCUUUUGCAAGAAAAGAAGGGCAACACGGCAAGAAAGUUCUCAUCGUAAUGAAGACCUCCCUGGUUGUACGAAUAUAAAAAGAUACACUUAUAAUGAGAUAGUAAGGUCAACAGAAAAUUUUAACCCAUCGAACAAGAUUGGUCAGGGUGGUUUUGGUUCUGUGUACAAGGGACGGCUCAAGGAUGGAACAAUUGUUGCUGUCAAGGUCCUCUCGUCAGAGUCAAGGCAAGGAGUAAAGGAGUUUCUGAACGAACUCAUGGCAAUUUCCGACAUUUCACAUGAUAAUCUUGUGAAACUUUAUGGGUACUGUGUGGAAGGAGACCAAAGAAUCCUUGUUUACAAUUAUCUUGAAAAUAAUAGCCUUUCACAAACACUUCUAGGUUCUGGUCACAGCAAUAUCCAGUUCAAUUGGACAACUCGAGUAAAAAUUUGCCUUGGCAUUGCACGGGGACUAGCAUACCUCCAUCAUGGUGUCAGUCCCCACAUUGUUCACCGAGACAUUAAAGCAAGCAAUAUACUUCUUGAUACGGAUCUUACCCCAAAAAUCUCUGAUUUCGGUUUAGCAAAGCUUCUACCACCAAACGCAACACAUGUUAGCACAAGAGUUGCAGGAACACUAGGUUACUUGGCUCCUGAGUAUGCCAUUCGAGGACAAGUGACACGCAAAUCAGAUGUUUAUAGUUUUGGCGUUCUGCUUCUAGAAAUAGUUAGCGGGAGAUCCAACACCAAUACAAGAUUAUCGUAUGAAGAUCAAAUACUUCUUGAAAAGUUCCCAGAGAUCACAAAUGGGGUUCUCCUCUUGCAGACAUGGAUGUAUUAUGAGCAGGGAGGUUUGGAGAAAAGUAUAGACAGCUCUUUGGGUGAUGACUUGGAUGUUGCAGAAGCCUGCAGAUUCCUGAAAGUUGGCCUUUUGUGUACACAAGAUGUCACAAGGCAUCGACCCGACAUGUCCAAGGUCGUCGGCAUGCUUACAGGCGAAAUGGAUGUCAACUCGGAGAAUAUCAGUAAGCCCGCUAUAAUUAACGACUUCUGGGAUCUUAAGGUCAGGAGCAUGAAGAAAGGAAACAACAUAGCUUCAUCGUCCACGUUCCUAUCCUCCAUGGCACAGUCUUCUUUGCUCUCGCAAGAGACAACGCAAGCCUCCAUGACAUUCACUGCAAUAUCAGAUCGUGAGUGACCUGAAUUGGUUGCAAAUAUGAAAUCAUGUAGAGGAAGUAGCUUAGGCGAAUACCUUUUCCAGAAAUGUACCUGCUGGUUUGAUUUUCAUGUAUAGAUUUAAUUACUUCAUUUGUAGUCUGAACAUCAUUGUUGAGCCAAAGGAGUACAUAUGAGGAAAUAACUUAUGUAUGUAUAAUAUUGGAUUGAUGACAUAUUUUCAUUGUACAUUUA